AUGGAGAGAAUGAGCAGGCUUUACGUCGCUGUCCUGGUUCUGGUGGUUCUGAAGUUUUCCUUGCCCUGCCCUGAGGAGUGCUUCUCGCGAUACCGAACGCGUGAGAAUAACUGCAAGUGCCCGAGGCAGCAAAAUGAGAACAAUAUGAAGUGCUAUUCCCGCCAAGACUUAGCGGUUGCCGCUAACCGUGUUUGCAGUGCAGAAAAUCAUGGCCUGACGUGUCUAAACGGCAUUCCUACCGGGUUCGACCAGUCCGUCAUUGGAAUCCUACUGAACAAUCUGUUCAACAUCACCACCCUCACCAGACACGACAUUCCACCGUUACGCAAACUCUUCAGAUUAAAUAUAAUCGGCAGCACCAUCCAAGCAAUCGAAGCGGGUGCGUUCUCCUCUGUACCGGCCAUACGAUGGAUCACCAUCAAGUGUAGCCGCCUCCAGCAUAUCGGUGAAGAUACCUUCCAAAACCUACCCAGUUUAAAGACAAUCUCUCUAGAUCACAACCUCAUCGAAACCGUGGCUUCAAGAGCGUUCGUCGGCCACAAAAGCUUAACUACGAUCAUCUUAAGCGGGAAUCAACUAAAGGAAGUUCCUUUUGAAGCUUUUUCCCUGAUUCGCCACAGUGCCACAGGCGCGGGGAUACAUGUCAAUCUCAAUAACAACCAGAUCACUACGAUAUUGGAGGCAAAUUGGAUGAAAAUCGUUGACACGCGGCUCAGCAUACAUCUCUAUUUCAACCCCUUAGUCUGUAACGGUAGGAUCCGAUGGCUCGUCUGUAACACCACGAAGUUGUACCACGGCGUCCUCUUACAGGCUGGUCUCCUAAAGUGCACGUCACCGCCUGAACUGGCCGGCUACGACUUCAAAUCGCUCCACGCCAACUCAUUCUGCUCAUCCACAGAGCCGACAGCCAAAUCCAUGAUGACAUCGACUUCCACAUUCCCAAACGCAAUGACGUCUGGUACCAUGGACAGUACCCACGGCGUCACGUUGGAGAGGGAUCUUGAUGACGGACAGCAAUCGGACAACAUUUACAUACCCAUCGCAGUUACCGUCGGCGUGAUAGUUCUGGUAGCUGGGACUGCAGCUAUGGGUAUAAUAUACAAGCAACAUGUGUCAAAGGGAAGACAAAAUCCGGUCCACGGACAGCAAGGCGUCAUCAUCAGUUCUCAACUCAUCCGCAAUCGACUGUACCAACCCUCCGGAUCUGCCACUGGUGACGACAGGGACAAGGAAGAGACGGAAGAAACUGUGGAGGAUUCGGCAAGACAGAAUCCGGUCCACAAACGUCACGGAGUCAUCAUCGACACAUCUCAACUCAUCUCUAAUCAGAUGUACACAUCGUCUGCAUCAUCUGCCAACAGCGCCAAUCAGGACACACUAAUGACAGAAGAAACUGAGGAGGAUUCGGCAAGACAGAAUCCCGUCCAUAAACUGAUCGACACAUCUCAACUGAUCUCUAAUCGUCUCUACGGAUCGUCUGCAUCAUCUGGCAACAACGCUAAUGAGUACACAGAAACGACAGGAGGAACAGGGGAGAACUCAGAUCUGACACCUCACCUCACGGUACCUCUUGAUGUCCUCAACAACACCCGUAUAAUCGAACCGUACAGCAGUGUGGAUUUGGACGACAUCAGCAACAACGAAGAAAUGAAGGACGACUUGGGUCCAUCGCGUGGAAACCUGGAGGUCCAAGACGAAGAUGACAUGGAACCGUAUUCAACCACAACUUGGGAUCAAAUUGGCGAUCCUUAAGCUGAUAUUGCAUGCAAACAUGUAAAAAUAACCGAGCACGACACAGUUAGAGAGCACACUUUUCACUAGUACAGUCGGAAACAAUAAGCUAUAUGCUUC